ACUGAUUUAUUGAUUGGUUUACUUUGACUCGUGAUUCAACCGCUUCCGCCACGAUGUUGAUGCAGAUGUGGCUCAAGCCUCUGCAGCUUUUGGUGGGCAUUGCCGCCGCUCAAGCAAGUAGCAACGACUAUCGUCACCCAAGCUUGCGCGUAGACAGUGGCAACUAUGGCCCAGCCUUGGAGGAAGUUCAUUACUACUAUAAACAAUGGCCAAUCGGCAUAGCCGUCAGCUCCAAUGGCACAAUUUUUACAACUUACACCAGAGGCUCUUAUGAAUACACUCUCGGAGUAGUGGUGAACAAGACAGCCGAGAGGCCGUAUCCCUCUUCCGAACUCAAUUUGCCCCCGAGCAAGCUCAACACUUCCUGGAAUGGGAUCGAUUUCGGUUCAGGAAACUCGAAGGCUUUCAUCAGCGUACAAGCACUAUACAUCACUCCUGCCAGUUCACGUCGACCGGAGACCCUAUGGGUACUCGAUACCGGACGUCCGACCGUCCACAAUGCACAAGGAGAACCGUCUAUGCCCUACGCGCAGCCAGGAGGUCCGAAACUGGUAGCGAUAUCACUCGCGAACGACACAAUUUACCAGACCUUCACAUUUGAUGCAAAAGUCCACUUUCCCGACAGUUAUCUCAACGACCUUCGCUUUGACUUCAACCCCAAAUUGUCGGGCACGUCAGGAGCUGGCAUUGCGUAUCUUGUAGAUAGCUCGAACGAGGGCCGGCCUGGUUUCAUCAUGGUGGAUCUUGGCACAGGUAAAGCUUGGAGGAGGUUAAACCAAGAUCCGUCGGUUCUUCGCGUGCAGAACGACGUUCCUUCGUAUCAGGGCCGCCCAAGCUAUUUGCGUCAAAAGGCAUCCCCAAUCACGUGGGAAAAGGAAGGCCUUGAUGGCGUUCAAAUCAGUCCUGAUGGUACGCGACUGUAUUACUCUGCGCUUACCUCGAAGCAGCUUUAUUCAAUCCCGACUGCAAAUCUGAGGGAGCAAGACACGAAUCCCCUUGCCGAGAUUCAAGCUCAUGCAAAUGUCUCCAGUCACGGGCAACGUGGCGGCGAUGCUAAUGGGUUUGAAGGAGAUUCCAACGGCUUGAUCUAUCAGCUGAUGCCCGAAUCAAACGCGAUCUACUAUUUCGACCCUCGCGACGGGAUGACCCACGGCUUUGUGAGAGAUGAGAGGAUGAUAUGGCCAGAUGGCGCAUCGAUGGCUACUGAUGGUUAUCUAUACGUGAACAUCAACCAACUGCCAUACGGGCCGGAUCGCAACAACGGCAUUGAUGCUCGAAUCUUUCCCGGAGUCAUACUGCGGUGCAAGGCCCCAGGAAACGGGACAAAGAUCACCUCUCUGUUUAACUAUUAGCGAAUUGGAUGUGUCCUAUCAGUAUACCGUCUCUCUUAAGCAGUCUUGACUGUUCUGCAAACAUGUUCAUCCCGUAGCAGCACGAUGUUGGUUUGUCGAUGUCGAAUCCAAGGU